AUGGUGAUUUACGCCCUACUCAAAGAUACAAAUAAGGCUUCUUUGCAAGAUACAAUUGUGUUAGAAGGAACUGAAUAUGGUAGUGGAAGUUCUAGAGAUUGGGCGGCUAAAGGUCCAAUGUUAUUGGGGGUCAAAUCUAUGAAGCUAAAAGUUUUGAGAGAAUUCAUCAUAGAACGUUAUACAAUUAACCUUCCAAGUAAAAUCACUGAGAUCAAGCCUGGCCAAGAUAUCAAAGUUGUAACUGAUAGUGGAAAAUCUUUCACCUGCAUUGCACGCUUUAACACCAAGGGGCGGAGUCAAGGCCCGGCCAAGCCGGGCGCCUUCCCGGGCUCUUUCUCGUGUAACUUCAAGCCUCAGUACACGUUCAAAUUCUCUCUCACAAUAUACAACUUUCGAUCUUACUCACAAAUUGUUCGACGAAAUGCCUUCACCGCUCAUGAAUUGGUUAUUUUGUUGCCGCUACCUCUGUUUCGAAACUCGCACGCCACAUGUUCGAUGAAGUGCAUAGGUUGUUGA